AUGCGGAGCUCCAGAGUCUCCAAAGACGCAGCGAAGCUAUUUGACCGCGUGUCGGAGCCGGUUUCACCCCCAAGGCGAACGACGCGAUCGUCCCUGGCACGGUUUGCCCAUGCGACUGCGAGAACAGAAGAAAUCAAGUCCGAGAUUCGCGACAUUGAAGAUGUUGUCGACCUUCCGGUUAGAAAGCGACGGCGAGCCGAUACGGUCAAAUCGGAGGGCCCAUUAUCGCCAAACGAAUACAUCAAGUCCGAAGGCAUCGAAGACUCUCUCAGCUCCAUUCCCUCGCCGCCCAAGGCUCCGCGCCGAGCCCGCAAACCCGCUCGAAAAGCCGUCGACCCGUCGACCGGAGACACUACGAUCGAACCACCGUCCGACUGGGAGGCCAUGUACAAUAUCGUAAGGAAGAUGCGAGCACCUGGGGGCGCCGCGUACGGUGCUGCCGUCGAUACCAUGGGGUGUGAGCGGUUGGCAGAUCAAAAUGCUUCUCCCAAGGACCAACGGUACCAUUCACUAGUGGCAUUGAUGCUAUCAAGUCAAACAAAGGACACAGUCACUGCGGUAGUCAUGAAGAGGCUCCAGACCGAGCUGCCGGCGUACAAACCUGGCGCACCGGUUGGACUAAACAUCGACAAUAUGAUUGCAGUAGAGCCAAACUUGUUAAACCAGUCUAUAUGGGCAGUGGGAUUUCACAACAACAAGACAAAAUAUCUUAAGCAAACGGCCGAGAUUCUUCGCGAUAAAUGGAACGGCGAUAUCCCCGACACGAUCGAAGGGCUCACAUCUCUACCCGGCGUAGGACCAAAGAUGGCAUACUUGUGCAUGUCGGUUGCGUGGAACCGCACCGAGGGAAUCGGCGUCGACGUGCAUGUGCACCGGAUCACGAACCUCUGGGGUUGGAACAAGACCAAGAACCCGGAAGAAACCCGCCACGCACUUCAAUCCUGGCUGCCGCACGACCGAUGGCGCGAAAUCAACUCGUUGCUGGUCGGGCUGGGACAGGCGGUUUGCCUCCCUGUUGGGCGAAAGUGCGGUGAGUGCGAGCUAGGGUUCGAGGGGCUCUGCAAGGCGGCAGAUCGGAAAAAGGUCUCUGAGGGACGGAGAAUCAAGGCGGAGAAGGUUGAGGUUGAGGACGAGGGCGACGAUGGCACGGCGGUCAAGCUGGAGGUUACACAAGACGUCGUGGUCAAGCACGAGGAGUGA